GUAGAGAAGUACUAGUAGAGGGGAGAAGAAGAGAAAAGGGAAAGUUGAUAUCUCCAAUCCCCAGUCGCUCCACAUCCACUUUGCAAGAACGAUGGAUCACCCGACACUUUUAUUCUUCCCUCUUUACUCAUUCUCCUCUUUUCUUUCUCUUUCUUUUCUACAAGGGUCUUGGUUUGAAAUCUCCCAUAUCUUCUUCUUCCUGCUUCACCUUUCACUCUGCUGACGAACAUAGUACAUUAUAGAUACAGUCGGGAUACACUCACCGUGGGCGCUCCACACGUAGGGAGAUAUUUCAAAGUGAUAAAGAAGAAGACUGCAGAUAAGAUGCAACAGCGGAUCAAUUGCAGAUGAAGAAAGGAAAGGCGAAGAGGAAGAGAAGGAAGGAAAACGACCGGGGGAGCUGGCAAGCCAACGCAUCAGGACCAGCAUGGCGAACCAGACUUCAAGGGCGCCCGAACAGGCAAGCAACGAGGCACGCCAUGAGAAAGGGCGAUUAGGAUUGCAUGAGCUGCAGCUGUUCCUUCGCCAUCUUGCAACGUUUGGGUGGGUUUGGCGUCGCAAAUCCCAAGUGCAGCGCUUGUGCGACCAACGGCCACCAACCACCAACCAGCGCAGUUCAGCGGCAAACGGGCGCAGCGACACUGCAUUGCGCUGGACAAGUCAGAGCUUGGAUACUGGCUCAGAGGCUCUCUACCCCUGCCAGUUAGGCAACAUUGUUCUCUUAUCAGGCUUCGCAAUUAGCCGCGCAUUUCGCUCCUACUUUAUGCAUAGAUAG